GUGAACCAGGGGAACAUGCCAGGCAUCCAGAGCACCUUCCUGGCCAUGGACACGGAGGAGGGGGUGGAGGUGGUGUGGAAUGAGCUGCUCUUCACAGACAAAAAGGCCUUCAAGGCCCAUGAGGAGAAGAUCAAGACCAUGUUUGAGCAGUUGGUGCUGGUGGAUCACCCCAACAUCGUCAAGCUCCACAAGUACUGGUUGGAUGUGAAGGACUCCAAGGCAAGGGUCAUCUUCAUCACAGAGUAUGUGUCUUCAGGGAGCCUCAAGCAGUUCCUGAAGAAGACCAAGAAGAACCACAAGGCCAUGAAUGCCAGGGCCUGGAAACGUUGGUGCACACAGAUCCUGUCUGCGCUCAGCUUCCUGCACUCGUGUGACCCUCCCAUCAUCCAUGGCAACCUCACCAGUGACACCAUCUUCAUCCAGCACAACGGGCUCAUCAAGAUUGGCUCAG